UUUCAAGCAAGCUUAUUAUUCUCUCGUUUAUUAAUGUUUAGCUGUAAUGACAAUGGAGCGAUUCCGGUCGUUUGCCCAUCUUAGAAGUUCGUCAUUAUUUAUAUUAUUCACUAUUUUAACAUCACGAUGGAUUGGUGUGGAAUGUCUUUCCCCACACUUUUUCUUGUGCAAUUAUCACGGAAAAUUGGAUCCAAUGCCGCACACACACGAUAAAUUACUUUUAUCAGUUGCGUUGGAUGGAAAUCCAACCUCAUAUGAGCCCGGAGAAACAUACCGAGUGAGAGUCACCAGUAGCAAAGAUUUCAAUGGCCUUCUGAUCACUGGGUUAUUUUCAUCUUUACAACACAAAGAGAAGCUAUUACCAUCGUCGUUUGGAAUGACAAGCAUCGGGUUUAGUCACCAUCAUCACGUCUCAUCUGAUUUUAUCUGCGGAUUGUUAUACUCUGAUAUAUCUCCUUACAAAAAGCCAACCAGUGAGGUUACAUUUUCAUGGACUGCACCAGAGGAAGGGACAGGCUGUGUCAGUUUCCUGCUGACGGCUUCUUUGCGAAUGCAAAUUGUCUUCCAGGAUGUUGUUGCUUAUCAAAUAUGCGAAUCUGGCCAAGACGUGAAAAACCUGAGACCAAGUUUAGCGGAUAUCCAUUCUGAUGGAGUGAUUAUUCGAGAUGAUUUUGAUUCCAGUGAAGAUUUGUUUGAUAUUUGGUCCAGAGAAUCACAUGGUGUCGAAAUCAGUAAUGAAUGUGGUGAAAUAACUCAUGGAAAUUCUGCUGUGUUCUGUGGAAGAACUGGAACUCGACAAUUGAUCAGUUCACCACUUAACUUGACAUCUGCUUCUGCGAUACAAUUUACUAUUGGAUCUGGAAAAUGUGAACCAACCAAGACUUUUGUGACUUUAUCUUAUCGUUUUCAUGAUGAUGAAUUCUGGAACUUAAUUAAAGAUAUAACGGUCACUCAGCAAAGUAAGAUUCAUAUAAUCCAUUUACCAAAAGAUAUAAGAACGGAAGACGUUUUGUUACAAUUUUCUCAAGAAGUUGUUGACAAUGGCUGUUGGGCAUUGGACAAUGUAUUAAUUAGCGAAACAAACAAUCGACCAAGUUUAUUUCACGAAAACAUGGAUCCAAGUGACACAAGCAACUGGCUUUUUAUGCCUGGUGCAAAAAUAAAGGGCGAAUGCAUGUCUCAUGGAAAUGCAAUGGUAUUCAAUUCAGAAGUUAAUGAUACAAGUCCAGUAUAUGCUGUUACUAGAGAUCUCGAUUUAUCUGGUGCAUCUAUCGAUGCAGAACCAUUAGAAGAUUCAGAAAUUGAAGGAGGCAGAUCAGAGCGAGGAGCAUGCGGACACUCUCAUGAAAGUUCAACGUUUAUUUUUGAUGGUGCCGGACCUCGUAAAUUUUGCACAACGGCAGCUGAUAAUCUACGACUGAAAACAGCUAUUUCUUUUGUGCUGAGCAUUGGUUCUGGUAAUUGUCAGGCAAGACAUUCCACUGCUGUUGUUGUACUUAGUAGUAGAGUAGGAAAAAGUAAAACUGUUCUUCGUGUGUUUGAUCACGAGACAUACAAAGAACCAAGGAAAACUAUUGUUCAGAUACCAGAGUCUGCUAAAGUUGCUAAUGCUGUUUUAUGCUUAGAACAAGGCCAACACAAUGGCCAUAACACUGACGUUUGGGCAGUCGAUUCUGUUGAACUUAUUGAACGACGAAAUGAAAUUCAUCAUUUCAUGCAAUUUUCUCUCAAUAUGCAAUGCACUGAUAACCAUGUUGAUUCAAGGAUGAAUGUGGAAUAUUCAAAUGAUUUUGGAAGAUCGUGGAGUAUACUUCAGGAAGAAUGUUUGCCUGAAACAUGUCAAGGGAUGCAUUGGCCUUUCAGUUCCAUAUAUAAAUCAGGAGUUCACCAUGGAUGGGUACGAUUGACUUUGCCACUGCCAGAAGCAGCUUUGACAAAACACACAAGAUUUCGAUUUAUUCAAGAUGGAUAUUCAACUGUUGAAGAAAUAAAAUGGGCAAUUGAUAAUAUUUUUAUUGGAAUUGAUGAGCAAUGUCCUAAGAUGUGCAGCGGACAUGGAACAUGUCUACACGAUGGUUGCAGAUGUGAUGUUGGAUUUUUUGGGAUAUCUUGCAAUACUACUUCUGAUGAUUUACCAUCUUCGCUAGCUGCUGAUUUCAACACAAAUAAUUACUUCACCAAUAUGUUUAAAAUGGCAACUGGUUCUGAGAUUGGAUAUGAUUGUGGGCUAUUGGGAACAGGGAAAGCUCUAGUGUUCAAUGGUGAAGGUGACAGGAGAUUAAUCACAAAACCGUACAAUGGAACUAAUUUAAAGUAUCUACAAUUUGCUAUACUAAUGGGACGACACUCAAGUGUUGGUACAUGUCAAUCACCUCAAGUUCCUGGUGAUGGAAUUUUAGUUCAUUAUACAACUAAUCAUGGCGUGACCUGGAAUCUUAUGGAAGUUAUUCCAUUUGAUGCUGAGAGAAAAACCAGGGUUGUAUCAAUACCUCUACCACAUGAAGCAUCUGUUCCUGGGCUUCAAAUUCGUUGGUGGCAACCCAAUGAAAACCGACAAGGAAAAGCAGUCUGGGCAUUAGAUGAUGUUAUUUUAACCAGUGACUUGUACAAAUCUAUCUUUAGUACUGCUGAAAAUUAUCAGAAAAUUUACCAUGCUUCUGUUAGUUUUCAUACUGGGUUACUCACAAACCAAUGCAACGGAACAAACAUACUUCUGUUUUCUCCACAACCGUCUCAGUAUAUUGAUACAUUGAGAUACGCUGAAACACAGACAAUGGAAACAUCGGAAGGUUAUGUUUUAGAAGCCGAUAUUAAUCUUGGAUGUAGUUUGAAUCCAUCAAAUAAUGAUAUACAAGAUCAGAAUCACGAAGUUUUAUUACAAUAUUCCAAAGAUGAAGGAGUUACUUGGCAUCUAGUAUUGGAGGAGAACUUACCAGGUUCAACUAAUGAAGAUAGCUAUCAUUCAGCUUCUGUAUAUCAUAUCAGCGAAUAUAAUACAUGGAGAACAGCUACAGUACCAAUGCCAGAAAAUACAUGGUCAUCAAGUUUACGAUUGCGUGUUGUUCAAAAUGAAAAAUCGAAUUCUGUUUGGGCUUUGAAUCAUGUUUACAUGGGACCUGCUUGUUCGAUGCAUUGUAGAAAUAGAGGAAGAUGCAGGAAUGGAAAAUGCAUAUGUAAUGCUGAUUCUCAAGGACCUUCUUGCUUGUCACGGAGUCAGCUACCUUCAGGAAUAAAUGAAGUGUUCAAUGACGUCCACCGAUUGUAUAAAACUGGAUGGAAUUUACUCGGAGGAUCAGUUGCGUCAAGUGCUGUAGACAAAGCAGGAUGUGGGCCAAUGUCAUCUGGUUUUUAUAUGCAUUUCCACAAGGCUGGAGUAAGAAAAUUGUCAACACCAGAUCUUGAUACAAGUCUUGGGGGACAGAUACAGUUUUACAUCAGAAUUGGUGGAGGGAAUUGUAAAGUUCCAACAGAAAGAGCAAACGGUGUUCUUCUACAAUAUUCAAAUAAUGGAGGAGUGACUUGGCAUCUUCUUGAUGAACUAUACUUUAAUGAGUAUCUAGUUCCGAAAUAUGUUCAUAGAGAUAUUCCUGCAGAAGCCAGAACAAAGCAAACUCGAUUUGAAUGGUGGCAACCUAAGAAUGAAGGAUCUGACCGGGAUGAGUGGUCAAUCACAAAUAUAAUUGUUGGUGAACCAAUGCUUUCUGACGAUGAAUCGAUCCAUGUUGAUCAUUUGAAAAUUAGUAGUAGAAGAUCAAUAGUAGACUACAGAAAAGCUAUGCCUAAAGCAUUCAUACUUUUGUCUAACGAUGGAAAUGAAAAAGAUUUUUGUGAUCCGCGUACCAAUUCUUAUGUGUUCAACAAACUAAAAGGAGACAGAUUUGCAGUUACUGAUGAACUAAUGUUAAGAGAAGGAGAUACAAUUCAAUUUGAAAUCAAUGUCGGAUGCUCAAGAAAUUUUUCUUGGAAUUAUCCAGUAAGAUUAGAAUACAGUCAUGAUGAAGGUUAUUCCUGGGAUCUACUGAAAAGAGCUUGUUACCCUAACGGAAGACCUAGAUCACAGAUGAUGAUAAAAAAUCCAAUCGAUAAAUUUUCUGCUCAUGAUUGCACUGGAGUUGCCAGAGAGCUUACUGAAGCAUCUAUUUAUCACCAAGGGGAAUUUCCCCAAUGGAAAAGAAUUAUUAUCUCAGUUCCUGAGAGAAUUGCUGCAACGUCAGUUCGACUGCGUCUGUGGCAACAUGUUCCUGUCAACUUAACUUCUGAUAAUCUUCCCCCAACUUGGGCUGUCCGAUAUAUUCAUAUAGGUCCGAGUUGCCCGGUACAAUGUUCUGGUCAUGGGACCUGUACAAUAGGAUUCGAUUCUGAACAGAUGUGCAUUUGUGAUCCAGGAUUUAUUGGAGAAAGUUGUAUGUUAAAUACUGCACCAUUGACAUCAUUCUGGGAUCAUUUCACAUCCACAUCAAUACAAAAUAAAUGGUGGAAAAACAUUCUUGGCAGUGGAUGUGAACAUAGAAAGAAAUCUGCAUCAUUAUUAAAAUUAAUGAGCACUUAUUUCAAUGGGGUUGAAGAUGAGAAUAUUUGUGAAAACGUUUUUGAGGGACGAUCAUUAUGUUUUGGAGGAAAAGGAACUAGAAAGGCUGAAACUGUGAGCAUGGAUACAAGAGGAAUUAGAUUGAUUCAGUUUUAUUUGAGAAUAGGAAGUAUUGAUGAUUCAGAAACAUGUCUUGCACCAGAACACAGAGAUGAAGCUGUUUUAUUACAAUAUUCUAAUGAUAAUGGAAUAUCUUGGAAUUUGAUCAAGGAACUCAGUUUCGAUGCCUACAGUUCACGGAGUGAAAAAGUUACUGCUGAUAUUCCGUUCCGAGCUAAGACACUGUCAACAUCAUUCAGAUGGUGGCAACCACUGCGUGAAAAAGAAGAGCACAGAUCACAGUGGGCACUAGAUGAUAUUUUCAUUGGCGUUCCUGAUCUUCUUCCCGAAGGAUUUUCCGACAAUUUCGAAAGUGGUAUUUUAUCUGAUAGAUAUUGGUACAAAAUUAGAGGAGAAAAAAUUGGGAAUUUUAUUCACUGUGAUGGAACUAGUGACAAGGGCAAACAUGCUUUGAUUAUAUCAUCCGCAAGUGGGGUUGUUGAAACAUGGGAUUUUCAUCUUCACUCUGGAAGUUUUCUUCAAUUUGAUUUGAUAAUGAGUUGUCAAGGACAUAACCCAGCAAAUGAUGUUUUGAGCCUGGAAUAUUCAACUAAUAUGGGAUUAUCUUGGCAACUUGUUAUUCCUUCAUGUAUUCCUAGUACAUCUUCUGGAUGUGAUCAUGGAUUUGGAACUUUAUUUUAUGCUGGACUUCAUCAAAAAUGGACUAGACGUACAAUAUCUCUUCCUGAGUCAUUAACAAGCUCACCUAAAAUUCGUUUCCGCUGGAUACAAUAUUAUUUCACGGAAGGUUCAUCAUGUUGGGGAAUAGAUAACGUAUAUCUAGGAAAUGACUGUCCUUGGAUGUGUAAUGGACAUGGCAGAUGUUGGCCUAGUCGAGAAAACACUGAAGCAAGUUGCAUUUGUGAUCCUGGUUACAAUAAACUUCCAUAUUGCCAACUAUCUGUGAGUUUGUCACCUGAACUAAUGGACACAUUUGAUGAACCAUGGACCAGUGAAAACAAGUAUUCUUUGAUAGUUGGUCACGAUUCGGAGUCUACCUCUGAUAUAAUUGUAAAUGAAGAGAACAUUCAGAUGGGUUCUGCAGGAAUCCGUAUGAUAAGUACUACACCUAUGAACACGACUGACACUAAAUAUAUGCAGUUUCAUGUAACAUAUAUUGGAAAAGCAGUAAAUCCUACCAGUACGUUGAUAAUACAAAGUAGCAAAAAUGGGGGAAUAUCCUGGUCAACUAUUCAUAAGUUAUAUGGAAAGAUUGCUGAUGACAAAUCAAGAAACUUUGUUCAUAUUGCUUUGCCUGAUUAUGCUCGACACGAAGCUGUAACUUUCAGAAUUUGGCAAGCCAAUGCAGGAGCUGCAUCUUCGAUAUUUGAAGCAGAUAGAGAUGUUUGGGCAAUAGAUAACUUAUUUAUUGGCGGCCAUGAGUCUGGAUGUGAAGCCCACUUUUUGGAAGAUGGCUUUAACAGGAUUGAGCUCAAUAAAAAUUGGUUGUUAGAAACAAAUGAUACGAUUGUAGAUUUUUGUAAAUCUGAUGCAAAAGCUGCUGCAGUAAACCAUUCUAUUGUUGGCCAACAUUCUGUUACUACAAAAGAUUUGUGUAUUGCAGAAAACUAUGUUUUACAAUUCAAGAUUGCAGUUGGAUGUUCAGCUGCAAGUUCUUCCUUGCAUGGAGUCCAACUUGAAUAUUCAACAGAUCAUGGAAUAACUUGGUCCCUUUUACGAUCAUCUUGUCAUGGGAAUGAACCAUUACUAAGUGGCUGUUCAGACAAAUUCUACCCUUCUUCUAUUUAUUACCCUGGAACUCAUCCAGGAUGGAAAAGAUAUACAAUUCCAUUGAGUAAAGAUUUGUGUGGAUCUGUCAGAUUCCGAUGGUAUCAAGGGUUUUAUGCUGAUGCAUUUGCAGCAGCGAGUGCAGUGACAUGGGGAAUAGAUGAUGUUUAUAUCGGACCUGGAUGUGAUCAAAUGUGCAAUGGACAUGGUGUUUGCACUAAUGAGGGAAAUAAAUGUAUUUGUGAUAGUGGAUUCACAGGACCAACUUGCUGUGAUUUGAAUUUAGCAACACCAACAUAUUUUAUAGAAACUUUUAACAAGCCUGAAUUUCAAAAUGAAAAAUGGAAAACUUUGUCUGGAGGAGAUAUUAUUCAACGCUCAACACAAUGUGAGGAAAAAGAUGAAAUAAGACAAUGGAGCUAUAUUGUUAAUAAACCAGGAGUUCGGAUGCUUGAAACACAAGAUAUUGACAUGAGAAAUGCAGAGUUCAUCCAGUUUUACAUGAUCUUUACUCACGAAUCAAAAGAGGAUACAAUAAAUGGGAGAAAUUCAGAACAAAUAGCGGAAAUUCAUCCAGUAACUGAAUACAUUUAUCUGCAAUACUCAACUGAUGGUGGAAUAACAUGGAUAAAGUUGGAAGGUUUUCCAUUUUUAUCAGCAAAAAUUAAUGAGACUCAAAAUGUUGUCCUAAAAGCACCUGAAGGAGCAAGAUCAAAUGCAACAAGAUUGAGAUGGUGGCAACCUAUGUUGAGUAAUGGAAAUGAAUUUGGUUUUAUAAUUGACAACAUUGUCGUUGGUUACCACCACAGGAAAAUUGAUGAUGAUUUUAGCAGUUACAUUCCUUUCAACUGGAUUGAGAUGUCAGGAUCAGAAAUACAGCCAAGCGUUGGAACCAGUUGCUGUAAAUCAUCUUCUUCUAACAAAACGAAAUGUGAUCUUGUCGAAAUUGGAAGUAGUGGAGCUGAUAGAAGAGAUUGUGAUACAAAUUUCAUUACAACAAAUGGAGUUCUUGUUGGUCAAGGAAGUUUUGUCAGUUUCAAUUUGAAGAUGAAUUGUCCAGUUGCAUCCAAUCACUGUGAAAGUAUUGAGUUGCAGUAUUCAAUAGAUUUAGGUAAAACAUGGCUUCAACUAGUUCCACCAUGUUAUCCAAACAAUGCAGAAUGCACCUAUUUCUACCAAGGAAGUUCCUAUUUUUCUGAUGUUUAUCCAGCUACUGAUAGUGAGGAAAAGAGAAAUAGAAUCAUUGUUCCCAUUCCUGAGCAUGCAUGGUCUCCAUCAACAAGAUUUAGAUGGUUGCAAAGGAUAAAAGCAGAUUCAAAACCAUUGUCAAUCGAUAAUGUGUAUAUAGGAGGAGUUGAAUGUCCAGGAGCUUGCAGUGGACAUGGUCAUUGUCAUCAUUCCAAAUGCAUCUGUGAUAGUGGAUGGACCGGUCAUAUGUGUGAAACUUCUACCAAACAGAUGCCUAAAGAAUUGAAAGAAAUAUUUAUUUCGAAGUCUAAAUUGUCUAUGUUUUCGAAAGUAGUUGGAGCUAAAAUUGAUGAAGUAUGCGGAGAAGUUGGAUAUGAUACUUCACUCCACUUUUUUGGGGGUUGCAGUAGAUUGCUUGAAACAAUACAAUUGAACACAACCAAGGCUGAUUUUGUACAAUUCAUGUAUCGCACUGGUUGUUCAAACAUUCUGCCGAAAGAAAGAAACAAUGGUAUUUUAGUUGAUUACACAACAAAUGGAGGAGCAGUCUGGCACAAUCUUGCAGAACUCUAUUUCAAAAAUCAUAAUAAACCCAGCUUUAUAAACAUUCUGUUACCCGAGGCAGCAAAAGCAGUUGGUACUCAAUUCCGAUGGUGGCAGCCAAAACAUUCUGGUCUCAACCAUGAAGAUUGGUCAAUUGAUAAUCUAUUAAUUGGUGGGAAAAGAGAAGAGGUCAUGCUGAGUGAUGAUUUCAAUGUAGUGGAAAACAUUGGGCCCGCAGGACUGUGGUUUGAUCGAGGUGACAAAGACAUGUGGCAAUUUUAUGAUAACACUCAGCCAAAUAGUUUCUGUGGAAGAGAUAAUGUAAUAUUAGCUGGAACAGUACCAGGUCUGGACACUACAGUUAGUACAAAGGACUUCUUUCCUGAAGAAGGUUUCAUGAUGCAAUAUACAAUUGUGGUUCUGUGUGAAAAUGUACAAAAGAAUCAUCAACCAGUUCACGUUCAAUAUUCGACUGAUUUUGGUGAUACUUGGCAAUACUUAGUUCCACAAUGCAUUCCUUCUGAUCGUGAUUGUUUUGGAAAGAAAAUGGAGCAACCAUCAGCUCAUUUCAUAAGUAAGGAUUGGAGGAGAAAAACUAUAUGGAUACCGUCAUCUUUAUAUGACCAACCUGUCAGAUUCAGAUUUCAUCAAGAGGAAUCUGAUGUAAAAUGGGCACUUGAUCGUCUUUUUAUUGGACCUUCAUGUCCAGAUGCAUGUUCAGGUCAUGGUGAUUGCGUUGGAGUUCCGCAGGAUGAUAUGUUUAAGACUGGAAAAGUUAACUAUGAUCUGAGAAGAUGUUUAUGUGACCUUGGAUAUGAAAGACCCAAUUGUUACCUAAAUAUUGACAGAAACCAUAAAUAUCUGAAAGAUGAUUUCAAUGCUGGAGAUCACAUUGGUAACUGGUUAACAAUCGAACCUCAUAUUAUGGAUACACAUUGUGGAGUGUUAGUUGAUGGAAAAUCUAUGGGAUUCAAAGGUGUUGGACCGCGACAAGCUGAAACUGAAGAUCUUGACUUGAGAGAUGCUACAUUUGUACAACAUAAUGCCAUCAUUGGACAUGGUUCACACACUUGUUUGCCAGCUAAAAGAAGAGAAGAUGGUUUGUUACUGCAAUACUCAACUGAUGGAGGAAUUACAUGGGAAAUGCUACAUGAACUAGAUUACACAUCAUUUUCCAACUCAACUCAUGAAUAUGUUAGUUUGCCUUUAAAUGCCAAGACGAAUGCAACAAGGAUGAGAUGGUGGCAACCAUUUACCAUAAACCAAAUUACAGGUUUAGCAGAAAUGGGUAGAGAACGAGCAGGCUGGGCAAUUGAUAAUGUUUACAUCGGAGGUCAUGAAGUUAAUUCAUAUUCAUUUGAAAAUGGAUUUGAAGUACAUCAUGAUGGACAUGGCAGUCGUGGUUCUCUUGAUGAACAAGAGUUUGAGUUUUAUCCAAAUGGAAGGAUCGGUAUUGGACAAUGUGCUGGUGAUAAUACAAGUCACAUGAUGUGGCAUGGCACUCAUGGAUUAUUCAUGAAACAAAGUUUAACUACCAGGCAGUUAAUUGUUACUCCAGGUCAUCUACUGCAAUUCAAGAUUAAAGUUGGAUGCACUGAUGUCCAUGCAUGCUCACAACAUUUUCCAAUAAAAUUAGAGUAUCGAGAGGACCCAAGUAGUGAGAACUGGAUUCUGGUUAAGCCUGUAUGUUUCCCUUCAAAUAAUCCUUCACCAAGAUGUCCACCAUAUAUAUUCCAUGAUGCUUCAACAUAUACACUGGAAUACAAAAACAUUUGGAAAAGAGUUACAAUUCCACUCAAUCAUAUUUCGUCCGGAACUACCCAAUUCCGUUGGUUUCAAGAUGAUAAUGCAUCUAAGUUACAUUCAUGGGCUAUUGAUGACAUUUACAUUGGAGAAUCUUGUCCUGGUUUUUGUUCAGGCCAUGGAAAAUGCACGAAGUCACAACAAUGCAUUUGUGAUAAUGGAUAUACUGGAAAAGACUGUAGUCGUCCAAAACGUCGUCAUAUUGUUCCAAUAUUUCUUGAUAACUUUGAAGAAGAAUUUAUUAACAAAAAACUAUGGAAAGAUAUAUCUGGAGGAAUGUUAACAGCUGGUGGAUGUGGGCCUUUAAAACCUUAUGGAUUCUCACGAUCCGCAUAUUUCAGUGAUUGUGGAGAAAGGCAAAUUGUGUCAAGAGAGAUGGACCUCACAAGAGCAUGGCAAAUUCAGUAUGUUCUACAGUUUGGUUCUGUGAUUCCAAACAAAGAUUGUAGAGUUGAAGAUAGAGGAUUUUAUGAUGGAACACCGAUGUCAAUGAUAGUUCUGCAAUUCACUACAAACAACGGUGUUACAUGGCACACUCUCAGAGAACAUUCACCAGCUCACUAUGGUAUACCACGUCGCGUGGGACUAAGAUUACCAGCAAUGGCCAAAUCUCAAACAACAAUAUUAAGAUGGUGGCAACCAACCCAUGGAGGGGAAGGUCGUGAUCAGUGGGCGUUAGACAACGUUGAUAUUAAUAUGAAUCGACACCAAAGGCAUCAUCAUUUGAUAGAUUACUGGGCAAUGAGAAAAAAACAAGAAAAUUCAGAAAUCAAUUUUCCAAAUAUCCCAGGAAAAUCAGUAACAACAGACUUGAAAGCAUCACCUGGAGACUUUAAUUCUCACCCAGAUGUGCAGGCUUUAAAAAGUAUUGAAAUACCUUCAUUGGUUUCAGUGCAAGAACGAGUGCCACCAGAUGAUGAAUUACCAUAGUCUUAUAAAUGGCUCAAAAUUAUUAUUCCAAGAAAUAUUACAUUUAUAGCAAAAUUGGAGGCUAUUUAAGCCAAAUAUGUGCGGUCGAACGAACCUGUCAUAAAUUAUUCUGACACCUUUAGGUAUUGUAUUUAACUGUUUACUCAAUUUAUUGUACUCUGAACUCAGUUAUUAUAGUAAUAAUUCAAGCACUCAGUCUUUGUUCAGCCUUGAACUCUUUCUCGGAGGAACAAAAAUAAUCAUAACACCAUAUUCAAGUAACAGAUGUAAAUGUAAUAAAAAUGUACAAACAAGUACCAUUUUACUAAAAAUGCGUUUGUUUACAAAACAAGAAAUAAAAAUAAACAAGCUAUUUUCUCUGA